GUCUGCAGGCCGCACUCGGCGCGCGAUGAUGUGUCGGCUGCGCUGUGUGAGUCGGUGGAGUGUGUCGUGACGCCGGCAUGUGAUGUUCCGGCGGCGCGCGCUGCGGCGGCGGCUGGCGGCGGCCGGCGCGGCCCCGCUGCCCGACGAGCAGCUGCGGCGGCUGGCGCGCGCGCUGGACGCGGGGCCCGCGGGCGCGCCCUGCGUGCCGGCCGAGCCCGCGCUGCGCCCGGCCGUGCUGCGCGCGCUCCGCCCCGACCUGCGGGACCCCAGCGAGCUGCGCCGCCUGCCGCACUGCGAGCACCACCACUGCUGCAACCCCUACCACUACAGCCGCCUCUGCGAGCCCGAAACCCCUCCACCUCCAUACAGUCGAAUCGCAAUGGACGACGUAAAACCGAAAGAACACGGCGAAAUUACACAAGACGCGAGGAGGACGAAUCAUGAGCGGCUUGCUACAGGCUCCCUCGCUACUGAUGGCGAAGAGCGGCAGAGCUGGGAGACCGAGUGGUGCAGGCUGGCGUACUGGGAGCUGACGCAGCGUGUGGGGCGACAGUUCAGCGUGCGCGUGCGCGCUGUGGACGUGUUCGGGGGAGGGGGCGACACGUGCGCCGGCAGGCACGGGCUGUGCGUCGACGCGCUCGACACCAAGGAGCCGCAAGUUGAACAGGUGCGAAAAACUCGAGCGAAGAUUGGCCUAGGUGUCACACUGUCCUUAGAAUCUGAUGGCGUCUGGCUCUACAAUAGAAGCCAAGAACCCGUGUUCGUCAGCUCCCCCGCGUUAGACGCUGCUGCUGCGAAAGCUCUUCUUGUAUGGAGGGUUGCACCAGGACACUGUCUCUGCAUCUUCGACCCCUCGUCGCCCCCGCCCGCUGUGUCGCUACCCCACGUGGGGCCAGUUGACCCCAGAUCUGUGAGGAUAUCGUUCGCGAAAGGCUGGGGCCCCAAAUACUCGAGGCGUGACGUCACCGCCUGCCCCUGUUGGCUCGAAGUCCUGCUGGCGCCUCCGAGCUGACGCUAAGACUUUUAAAAAAUAAAAACAGGCUUGUGAUAUUGUAAAUGGAAAUGGACCAAAGUGAUUUUUUUUAAUUGUCUAAUGGACCUCGAUUUGUUGGUGGACUGUUUUUUUGAUAGUGACAUGCGUUUUAUAAAGGUUAGUUCGUAUUGGUGAAUCCUUUCGCGCGGUUUCAUAACCAAAUUCUUGGGAUUUUCCUAGUAAUAUAUCUAGUAUCACAGAUGUCUUACAUUUAAAUUAAAUACAACUAAUAAAACAGACAAUCUGUAUGUCGUACGAAAGUCGCGCAGAAAUGUUGUCCAUUGAGGACUAACCUUUAUAUAACUAAAGUCGUUGGCAUUUUGAACUUUUUUCAAGUGACGUAUAGUGGACCGUGUAACAACCACAGUUGUGGCAAGUGGUUGUUUUUGUUUAUUCUCUUUGUUAUAAAUAAUCUCGUAAAUUAUUUGGAUGUCAUCUCUGUGGUUCAUGGAUAUUAGUUUUAUUUGAAAAAAGCUUAAAAACAGAAAUCUUUGUACAUGAAACAAGCAAUUUAAUUUAUUAAUCCAAUUUCACAAUUUUGAAUUCAAAUGCAUAUAAGUCACAUACAUAUAAUUUCAAAAUGGUGAAAUUCACAUUUUUGAAAUGAACCAUAAUCCACAGUGGCGACAUUAACGGUGUAAUAAAUAACUAACUGUUAUCAAAUGAUUAGACCAAACCUGUAUAAUCGGUUAUAUUUAUUUUAAAUAAAAAACAAUUGUUGAUGUAAAUAUUAUAAAUUGGAUAUUUAUUUAUGUAUAUUAAAGUCUUUGUAACCGUGAAUGUAACUCUUGAGUUUGGAGAAAUUAAAUGUAGAUUCGUUUAAGCUCAAAACGAAUCUUCCAGCAAAAAAACUAAAUCAAAAUUGGUUUUGUUUUUGACUUGCUCCCUCAGAUUGGUUUAGACAAUUUUGUAGCGGAGUAUUAGCUCUCCGAUUAGAAGUUUUUCACGGCUUACCUUUAUUUGUUUACAAAAGAUUUACAUUGCAAUGGGACGUCCAAAUUAUCUUACAUUUCAAUGUAAAUUUUUUAUAAGCAUCUAAGUUAAACACGUUUUAAAAAUUUUCAAUUGAAAAUUAAAUUUUGAAACAAUUUUGAAUUUUAAAUGAAAUUCAAAAAUAGAAUUUCGCAUGAAAUUCCCUGCAAAAUAGGAUAUUGUAAAUUUUCUGUUUUGUUCACACAGUUUUUAUUGGUAGGAUGUAUAUUAGUCGUCUCAGAUGUACCAUUACAAUUAAAUUGUACAAUUUUAAAUGUAAAAAAAAUAUGUAUAGAACUCGGCUUUAAGUUACGCGAGACUGUGUAUAUAAAAGUUUAUAUGUACUAUAGAUAUUUGUAAUUAAUUAAUUUAUAAUUAUAAAAUAUGCCUUACCUUAGCGUAAAUUAUUUAAGAAUAAUUUAAGUUAUAUUUUUUUUUGUACAAAAAAUAUUUAACUACGUUCGUUACACUAUUUUCUAAUUGACAUAAUGAUUUAUUUUUCUAUGGUCUCUCAUGCUAUUUUUAACAAUUAAUGAAAUUUUCACAACGUAUAAUCUCGCUAAAAUUAUACAGGAAACGAAAAAAAAUCGUAUUAAAUUUUGAAAUUAAAUGAAAUGAAAAUAUACUUUAUUGUACACCACACAGAAACAUACGAUACAGAAAAAUAAUGGAAAGAAAGAAAAAUGCACAAUAGGCGACCUUAUCGCUAAAAAGCGAUCUCUUCCAGGCAACCUAACGAAGAAACUAAUAAUAAAAAUUAUAAAGAUAUAGGCUAGGGUGUACAGAAGUAAUAUAUAAAAGAAAAUAACGCAUAAAAAAGAAAAUAGUUAAAUACUUAUGUAACAAAAUACUAAGAAAUAUCAACAUAUAUAAUAUACAAUACGAUACAUAUACCAAAUAAUACUAAUUGUAUAUUUACAAUAUUUAUACAUACUUAAGUUAAGUAAUUUUGUUACUUAUUUAAUUUUUUUUCAAUUUUUUUUUUCUAAAAUUCAUCAAGUUUACUUAAAAAUCAGAAAAUCGUACAAUUGUUCAUCAAGUCCAGUAGAAAAUGGUACAACGAACGUAUAAUUUGACGCAAGUAAGUAGCGAAUGGGUUCAAUGACGCGUUUAAGGCUGUGCGAAAAGCAUUUUAACCGAUUUUUCAUUUAAUGGUGGUUAUCUAAAUCUCAAAUUCGAUGAGAGCAGCGCCGGGGGACGUAGAUAGAUUACCCAGUGUGUGUUUUAAAGAUCUGCAAUUAAUUGGAUGCGUAUGAAAAAUAGUGCAAUCGAUUUAAAGAUAUGAUAGUAGUGUUAGUACAUGGGGUGGCCGGAGAUAAGUAGAUCAGAGAGAAAAAUGCCAAAAUUAAAAUAAUUUUAACCAAUUUUUUUUUUGAUUUUCUACCAUUUUGAUUUCCGAUAUUAGGUAAAAUGCUUAAAAGAACAAAAAUAAAAUUAAAAAAGUUCAUUCAUAUUUUUUAUAAAUGUUGAAUUAAUUUUGAAUCGAAAAUGAAUUUCUCUUCAGUUUAUAAAAAUUAAUCAAAAAAUAAGCAUUUUUUUAAUUUAAACGAGUGAAAUUCAUGUCAAAAAAUGAAUUUCACUUCAAAAUAUGAAUUUCACUUAUUAAUUCCAUGGCAUAUGGAAAUGUUUUAGAAAAGUUUGCUCUUGACUGCAAUCUCGCCUGAUGUAAAUGAUGCAGUCUAAGAUGGAAGCAUGCUUUCGUGAAAGAGGUUCUUUAUAGUUUUUAUUUAAUAAAAUAAAAAAACAAGUAUUUUACAUUGAUCCAUACCUACCCCGGUCACCCUGUAAGAAACACGUAAUAAAACUUUGUGCCUUGCGUUGUAUUCAAAUAUUAUAUGAAUAUAAUCCAAAAUAGGGUAUAUCAGUCAAUUUCACUGAAAUAUACGAGUAAGUAAUAUACAUUAAUAAUUAUUAUAUUAUACAAAUUAUGUUUUUAUUAUUAAAGCUCGAAUUUAAGAGUGUAGCUUCGACAAAGUAGGGAGAGUUGACAAUAAGAUACUUCAAUCUAGUCUUUAAAUCAAUCUUGCUUUGUCUUUUGGGCGAUUUGGUGAAUUAAGGCCAGUCUUUGAGUUUACUGUAUAACUAAAUUGUAUAAAUCAAAAAUAUACAUUGUAAUUAUAAUUUCCAAAUCAAUUUUUUCAUCAAAUCAUUUUCAUAUUGAAAAUAUUUAAUUAAAUAUAUUAUUUUGUUUCAUUGUUGUAAUGAUUUUUUUUAAAUGAAAUUUUCUAAAAAGGCGUUCUAUGGGAGAUUAAGCAAUGUUCAGGAUUGUCAAAAUAUGUAUGUUUCAUAGCGAAUUGCAUUGUGUAGUAGAAACAAAUGAAAGUUUCCAUUUAUGUAAAAUUUAAUAUGUAAAAUGUAUUGUUUUAUUGUAAUGUAUAUGAAACAAAUUAAAAAAAUCCUGUAUCCUCUGAUAUAUUUAGUGAACUACAAUAUUAAAAAAAUAUUGUAGUUCACUAAAUAUAUCAGAGGAUACCGGAAAAAUAAAAAAUCUGACCGUGUUGCAAUGUAAAAUAAUAGUUUUUUUUCAUUGAAAAAUAAUAUUUCAACGAAAAAAAAAUAUUAUUUUACAUUUUAUGUGGCGCCCUCUAUCUAGGUUUCUUAUAUUUCUGGACAGAUUUUUAUAUUGCAAUUUUCGUAGCAUAACUUUCUAUGGAAAAAUUUAUUCAAUGUCAUACGAGAGAGUUUUUAUUUAGGUUACAGAACUUUACAUAAUUGGAAAUUUUUAUACCACGAAAGUGUAAUCCGCGAGCUUUGAAUGCACAUGUGCUCUGCAAUCCGUCACAGAUGUUAAUUAUAUAAUUAAGUAACACAGAUGUGCAUAAUUUAUUUAACGUAACGCAAAUCGCUGUUUAGUCAUAACAUAGACUGACUUAGCGCCUUAAUUACAAAAUGACAUAUUUUAGUAACGCACAUAAAUUAUGUUUGUAUGUACUUAUUUUGUUAACGUUAAAUAGAACUUGAUUCUUAAUGAUUCUUCUGUUUUCUUUUAGCGUAGACGCAGACGGAAUUUUAUUUGUCUGACGUGUCGUGUCGUGACGUAUUAGAACAGAAUCGGUAUCAUAUAUUUUGUAUGGCAACGUUUACACUUAUGUGUUGUGACAUGUCGUGAUGACUUCUGAUGUGCCGCAUACAGAAUGUGUAAUACCGAUUCUGUUCUGAUGCGUCACGACACGACACGUCAGACAAAUAUAAAUCCGGCUUAAAUUUGUUAUUCCUUUUGGUAUAUAUGGAUAAUAAAAUGAUUAGCAAAACUUCUCCAAAAGUCAUCUGUAUAAUCCAUAAUUGAGGUUAUGUGAUAGAUAUAAAUGCGUUAUUAAAAUAUGUCAUUUGUUAAACAUAAAAUAUUGUAAAUAGCAACCAUGAUUCGCCGAUUUAAUAAGUUGUGAGUCUGACUGAGAUGAAUGAGAUUAGGGUAUGAUAAAUUAUAAUAAAGAAAAAAGAAUAUUUUUAA